UACUCGGAGGCGGUUACCCAUGGGCCCCGCCCCUUCCACCAGCCACCCUCGCAGCCCAUUGGCCUGGAAGGAGAAGAGCCCCGCAGUGGGAAUCUCGCAACCAGGAUCAGUGCAGAUAAUCUGUCUGACCUUGUGCAGGUCAUUUUAUUUUUGCGCUUCCAGAGUGUUUUCUAAGUAUACCAUUUUGACUCCGUGACCUGAUUGGGAUGUGAGGCUACUUAGCGAUAGAAAGAGGAUGCUGUGUCUGAGGAACGAUACCAUUUUUAAGCAAGCCUUUUCUCUCUUAAGGGUCAGCACUUCAAGAGAAAAUCCCAUCUGUUCUGCAGGUGGCAUUCUGAUGGGUACCAGUCGGCACUACAAGACAAAGCCUACCCAUGGCAUUGGGAGAUACAAGCACCUAGUCAAAGUACAGGAGCCCAAGAAGAAGAGGGGAAAAGUGGAAGUGAGACCCAUUAAUUUGGGGACAGAUUAUGAAUAUGGGAUUUUAAACAUUCACUUGACUGCAUAUGACAUGGCCGUGGCAGAGAGUUAUGCCCAAUAUGUUCACAACCUCUGCAACCAUCUAUCCAUUAAAGUUGAGGAAAGUUACGCUAUGCCCACCAAAACCAUGGAGGUGUUGCGGCUGCAGGACCAAGGCAGCAAAAUGCUCCUGGACUCAGUUCUUACCACCCAUGAGCGAGUGGUUCAGAUCAGCGGUUUGAGUGCUACAUUUGCAGAGAUUUUUUUGGAAAUAAUCCAAAGCAAUCUUCCCGAAGGAGUCAGAUUGUCAGUGAAGGAGCACUCUGAAGAAGACUUCAAGGGAAGGUUCAAAGCUCGGCCAGAACUGGAAGAACUGUUGGCCAAGUUGAACUAGCUCAUUGCAGACCCUUUCAUGUCAGGACUGGUGACAUUGAGUGCCAAACAGAAGAUCUUCCUGGGUGGUCAAAGUUAAGCAGAAGACCCUCACCUUUAGAUAUCAUAACUACCCAUCCCCAUUAGCCAGGAAUGCCUCCUCUCUUGUAUGGAGAAGCGCUUGCCAAUUGUCACCACUUUCCUUUGAGCCAACCUAAGACAUCCUCCAUCUAAUAAAAAUCUGCAGCUGAUGGGCAUGUGAGAAGUCAGUCCAUCCUGUGGAGUAUCUUUUA